AUGACAGCUGCUCAAAAAAAUGAUGGCCUGGAGCUGUCGCUUCAUUCGGAAUUGGGGGAGCCUUCUGAGCCACAGGCGAGUUCUCGGCGAAGUCUCGCGGUCUUCCCUGAAUGGCUGUUUUGUAAAACUGAGGGCGACCUGCGGAAGCUGCUGACACUGAACCUUAUCGACCAGCAUCGAAGUUUCGGCCGUAGGCUUGCCAUCGUGGCAGGCGUUGCUGAAGGUCACCGAGUUCAGGUGGUCUUCCAGGAAUCCGAUGAGCGUUGCCGGGCCGUUGACUUGAAGGUACUGUCGGAGAAGCUUCCACGCACGCGCGCCCUGGCCAUGAGCAAGCAGGAUUUCUCGCUGACGUGCAGCGUUGCUUGCCAGGAAGACCCGGAAGAAAGCAAGGCGAGCGGGCCUCCCGUCUUCCAAGCAGACCGGCUUCUUUCCCUUAGCGCCAGAUCCAGAAAAGGUGAUAUCAGCAGUCUGCGGUGCAAGGACGUGAGACAUGACGUUUUCGCCAGUUUCAUUGCUGCAGAACUCUUGCCGUCAAUGGAGGGCUCUGCAAGCCUCGGCUACAUCCUUGAGGUAGCCGGAGGAAAAGGAGCUCUGGCUUUCGCUUUGCGCUCACGUGGUAUCGCAGAUGUGGUAGUAGUCGACCCCAGGCAAACUUCUGAGAGCCUGCCCACGGUGGAAAUGUCCGACCUCCAUCCAGAGGGUGAGGAGGAUGUCCACUCGGAGCCUGCCGUGCGACAUGUCAGGGCACACUUUGAUGAUUCAUCUCGGGAUUUGGUCGGCAAGGCCCGCGCCGUGGUUGCGAUGCACCCGGACGAGGCCACGGAUGCAGUGGUGGAGUUGGCCCUCCUGGCCGGCUGCCCUUUCGCCGUGGUGCCCUGCUGCGUUUUCCCAACUCUCUUCAGCGACCGACGUCUCAUCGAUGGCAGUGGAGUUACGGGAUACACAGGACUUCUGCGCUUCCUACGGGAGAAGGAUGCUCGGAUGAAGGCAGCGCGGCUGCCAUUUGCAGGUCGGAACAUCGUUCUUUACAUGAGCGCCGAGGAUUUCAGCCGUGAAGAGCAGGUGGACUUUCCGAGGCGGCUCAGGCCGAGCCCGGGCCUUUGCGUGCGCCGCUUUGGGCACCAGAGCGUCAGAGGGUCCAACGAAGGUGAACCUUGCACACACCGCCUUCACAACAAUCAUGGCUUCUUGGUUCUGUGGCGUCGCUGCUUCUUGCUGCUACAGCUUCCCGGCAUCAAGCUGUUUGGCUCUUUGAAGAUCACAGCUUUCAUGGGGCUGCGUAUUGAGCUGGCGCCUCGCUCCUUCGAUGACCUGGAGCGAGCUGAGGCCAAGAGGUUGACGCUGACCCUUGUCCCAACAUUUGGCAAGCAGCUACAUCUAGUGUUGCACCAAGAUGCUUCCGUGGGCAUUGCUGGAGUCAUGUAUGACUGCGCUGCCUUGCUGGCAAGACGGCUUUGCGAGGAACCAUCCCUUCUGGGAUCCAAGGUCGUGGAGCUGGGCUGUGGCACGGGCUGCGCUGGACUCACUGCAGCAGCACUGGGAGCAAAGGUCGUCCUGACAGAUCGGAGCGAGCGCGCCUUACAUGUGGUGCAGCAGUCGGCCAAGGAGACUGGCCUAGAAGUUCGUACGAGUCGCUGGGAGUGGCAUGAGCAGCUGCCGGCAGAAUGCCGUGGAGCUUCCACCGUGUUAGCAACCGACGUGGUGUACAGUGAGGACACCUCGGCGCUGCUGUCUGCAUUGAAAGCGGUCACGGUAACUGGCACCGUGGUACUGCUGGUGGUUAGAGUCAGAAGCUUGGCAGCUUUGGCUGGAUUGCGGUCCCUGCUGCAGAAUGCCAGCCGUGUCUUCAAGGAGUGCGCCCCGGCACAUCUGGAACCAGCAGCACGCGCUUGCCUGCAAAGGUUGCGUGUUGCAGGGAGGCACGUGUUUGCAGUGUCGUGUUUUGAUAGGUUUCGCACAGCUUAUGGUGCAGCUGGCGGGCAUUUGCCCGAUGAUGAUUUCCUGGCGUACAUGUUUGAAGACGCGAGCGAGUUAGCGGCAGAGAUGAGCUCAUUUGUCUCACUGGCCAAGAAGCUCAGGUCGUCUAAUUCCAGUGAGGCUUGGCCGACGCGAGCAGCCCGCAAGCUCGCGGAGUCUAAGUUGGGGUUGUCUCGUGCAACAAUCGAGAAGGCAGAGUUGCAGCGGUGGCGUGCACAUCUUGUGGAGCUCUUUAUUGAAGCAAACACACCUCUGGUUAGGCAAGCCCAGCUGGCCUCGAGCCCAGAGUCAGCCAUAGCUGCGUCACUUGGGAGCAUGCGCGCGUCUACCAUACGCAAGCGAGUGCGUGAGUGGAGAAAGCUGCGAGUCUUUUCCUUGGGACUCAGUGCUUGCCCGUGGCCGAAACAUGUUGGCGUGGUGUUGGACUACCUGCAAAAUCGUGUUGCCGAGCCAUGUGGCCGCAGUGUUCCCAACGCCAUUCUCGAAGCUCUGUCUUUCAUGGAGAGGAAGGGUGGCGUUGCAGCAGACCAGCGCUUGGCUGAUCUGCCAAUUCUGAAGAAUUUCGUGAACCAGGCAACGCAUGAUCUUGAGAUCGGGGCACCGCCGACAAAGAAAGCGCCGCUUCUCUCUUUGAUGCUGGUGGGUGCACUCGAGCUGUUGGACGAACGAUCAUUGAAUCCAGCGUCAUUGAGGCUAACGAAAUUUGGUUUUGUAGGGAUGCUGGAACGCUCCAAGACUACUGGCCCCGGCAAACGAGUCCGGCAUCUGCCGAUCUUCAUCGCUGCUUCUGUCGGUUCUAUGAGUUCGACCUGGCUUGAACAAGGGCUGAAGCUAUGGCUCAGUGAGACCAUAUUGUUCGAGCGCGAUUUCUUUCUGCCCAUGCCUCAUUCUGACUGGUCUGGAGUACGCCGUGUCAUGGCCCAUUAUGCUGAUGUUGUCGGUUUGAGUCAGCACUUGUUGCGGAUGCUACGGCUUCCGGUGAAGAAAGGCACGGACAUUUUGGAAGGAGCAUUCAGAAGAAACUGGUUAACAACAUCUUCUGCCGAUGAGUACCUCCGUACAGCUCAGCGGGUCAUCAUAGGAUUGCAGGAACAGCUCAUGGCGACUAUCUGUGGCCGUGAUCAAUGGGACCUCCGCAAUGCAGGCUUAGAAGAACUUCAGUUGUACUUAUGUGACAAAGGUCUUGCGGACGAAGCAGCCGAGCGACUCUGCCAGCCCGUGCGCUUGGACCGUCACUGGUUUACACGUGUUACGGAGCCCGUCGUAGCAGUGCAGGUUGACCUUGAACCAGAGAUAGAGUCCGUAGAGUCGGAAGCAGUAGCAGAGGAACCCGGUGCUGAGCUUGCGCUGUACUUUGUCACAGUCAUGGGAAGAAGAAUCCGAGCCGGUUUGGCGCUUGAAGGGCACGAGCUAUGUGAGUUGGACAACCUGGCACAAGCGGCAGAGGCUGCGCAGGGUCGCUCUUUGAAAGACCGCGAGAUACCCAGCAAAUCCCUGAUUGCGGCAAAGCUGGAGCAGAUCGAGGAUGGGGCACCUAUCGUGGAGGAUUUGCGAGAAGUGACAUCUCUGGAAGAUGCGCAUGUGGAGGCGUAUGGGGCAGUCGUUGUGCUCGCAUAUGAGCUCGAGCUACGCAAGGCUGCGUAUCGGCUUGUUCGUGAUGGAAAAUCCUCAUGCCUGAACUCUGCCAUUGAGAAAGCCAUGGGUUCAUCCGACUUGUUGAACCUGCAUUUCAUCAUCCCCAUCACGCUCGGCAAGAAGCAGAGUGGCCUUGGCGAGGAGGAACCUGCUUUUCCUCCGCCUCCUGCCCCCCAUGGGGGCAACAAAGGUGGAGGCAAAGCCAAGCAGAUGCCAGCCUGGGAGCGCCAAUGGGGCAAAUCCUCGCGCACACCCGAAGGCAAACUGAUCUGCUUUAAGUAUAACAAGCAGGGUGGCUGCCCGGCGGGCAAGAGCUGCAAAUUUGAGCAUGUUUGCCGGCGUUGUCAUCACCGACAUCCGUUCUUCGAAUGCCGGUACAAGAAUGCGUCGCUUUCGGUGGGGAGUACAUCCCCGCGCCUGGCCAAUCCGAAGACCGCCGGCAAGCGGAGUGUUGACAGUGAAGAAGCACUUCAUGCUGAAGAAUGGCAAUGGGAGCGCACCGGGGAGAGUGCGUGGCAGCAGCAGCGAAACGAUGAUGUCUUAGAAGUCAGCUCUGAUGAAGAUGAAGACGGUCACGUGAAGCCUUUGCUGGGAGAUGGAAAUUGGGGCCCGCGGGCCUCCUCCAACAGCGACACACCGUCCCUGGGGUUCGCUGAGAGCCUCGGCGAGGAACUGCUAAAGAUCCUGGCCAGACAUAUGGACUUGAAGAGCUUGACAGCAAAACUGGUGCAGGGUAAGAUCACGGCUAAUCCCUUCAGCUCGAAUCUCAUCGCGGAAGGACGGGAAUUACUCUUCACUGCCUUGGAGUACACUGGUGCCAAGCUUCCAGUCAGGGAAAAGCCAGAAGGCGUGCGUCUGGGCCCUGAAUUCACCUUGCCGCGCGUACCUGCAUUCUUCGAGAAGAAGGAGAAGUGGCGAAGAUACGAUGUCGUCACGACGCAGGAGGCUCAAAGGCACUUCGGGGAUAAGCUGGCUGUAGCAUCCCUAGGUUGGCCAAAAUUGCGCCUGAUGACUGGGGCCUGCAAGCUUGCAAGACCGGAGUCGGUGGUCAACACAAGGGCACGUCUCAUGUCUGGUCUUGGUCGUGCAGCUUUCUACAUGUUGGGGAAAACAGAAAUCUUCAUGCUCGUGUAUGUAGACGAGCUUCUGUGGCUGGUGCGCAUCGGUGAGAAUGGCAUGGAGAAGGUGUGCUUGAUUAUCUUUUUCUUUGUGCUACUGGAGCUGCCUUUCUCCUGGCAUAAGUUCAGAGGAGGCGACGAAUUUGGUUGGGUUGGAUUUGAACUAAACCUGAGAGAGAGCAUUCUUGGGCUUUCCAUACAGCGUGCGCAGUGGCUCGUGCACUGGCUUAGUCGGACCUCUGUGGCCGAGUGCGUGAAGAUUGCGGAUGUCAGUGCAGUGUUGGGAGGCUUAUCUUUCGCGUUGUCUGCCCUGGGACACCCCAGGCCUUUUCUAGGACCAGUGUAUGCCUGGGUAGCUGUUCUGGACCAUCGACGUAGCUACAAGAUGCCGCGUGCAAUCUCAUUGAUCUUCAAGUUCUUGGCAAAGGCGCUGGGUGGAGAGGGCAGACUGAUCAGCGCCGGUAGGCCGCAUGCCACACAGAAGGAGCUCUUCCGGACAGACGCGAAAGCUGAAGGGAACGAAGUCUGGAUGGCGGGCUGGGCGCUGGAUUCUGAGGACACCAAGCAGUGCCGGUGGUUCUCCGAGCGGCUAGACCACAUUUCUGCGCCGUGGGUCUUCCUGGCAGGUGAAGCUUAUCGACAGACAGCAUCCUGGGAGCUGCUGGCUACCUUGGCUGCAGUGGUGUCGUUUGGAGUGCCGCCUGGAGAGAAGUAUGGCUUCAUGUGCUCAGCAGCCACAGACAAUCGAGGAAACAGCAACCUUGUCGCACGCCUCCUCACUACAAAGUUCCCUUUGUGCGUUCUAUUGAUGGAACUGGCAGUGCAGCUGCAAGACAGGGAGCAGAUCUCAAGCUUCACUGGCUGCCCCGACUGCAAAACGAGGAAGCCGAUUCCCUCACCAACGGGGAGUACAGCAGAUUCGACAGCAAACGGCGGGUGA